CUCCCUCCCUCUCUCUCUCUCUCUCUUUUCUUUCUUUCUGAUGGGGGAGGGUGGGUGGUGACAAGUUAGAAACGCCUGCGGCAGGUCCCCGCCCCCAGGAUCAGGCUCCCCCUGCAAGGGGACGAUGCAAAGGUAAAAGCACCUUGCUCCGCAGCAUCCAGACCUGGAGGGGCUGCGACCACGGGCCGAGCCCACCCAUUCCCCAGCCGAAGGACAGGCCCGGCGCUCUCCAUGGUACUGCGGAGAGCUCAGCUCCGCCCUUCUCUUUCAGAAGGACAGCACCCGGCGUCACGUAACCCAGCCUUCUCAGGCUCCACCACCGCCUUUUCCUUCCCAGCUCUUUCCCUCUCCUCCCCCUCCUCCUCCUUCUCCUCCUCCUCCUCCUGCUCCCCUCCGUUGCCUGUUCUCCCCUCCCGCACUCCUGGAGAUAGACGCUCAAGCCUGACGCCUCUGAAAAGGCAGCAGCAGCAGUCGCCUUAUCCAUAGACCUCAGGAAAUUCGCUUUGACCGAUGCAUGCUUCAGGCUCUGGCUCAAGCUAAGGGGAAUAACCGGGCAGAUAUCUGGGUCCUUAAAAAAGACAAGAUACAAGCAAAGUGCAUCACCAACACACAACCAAUUGAUGUGCUGUCAUCUUAGUUUGGCCCUGCAGAGGCGGAGAGAAAAGAAGAGGAGCUGUUGCGAUUUCCACAUCUAACAGCUUCUGGCUAUUUCGCAAUUGCUGGGUUUGAGUCCUACUGUUGCUGUGGCUGAAAAGAAAAGUAAAAUCUAACUUGUGAGACCAUGCACAAGGAAGUAGGCUUGGCUGCAGCGGUGCUGAAGCCCAUGCUAUGACAAAAGAAGCUGGCCUUUGAAGCUAUCCUCGGAUUAGGAAGUGGUGCCCAAAGAGGCAAGUAUCCCUUUCUCCGUUCUGCUUUAAGACACCACAUCUGAAGGAGACACACUUGAGGCACUCACAAGCAUCCAAGGAUACUGGCUCACUGCUGGUUUCCUGCACUUUCUAGAGAAAAGUGUUUGCUUUCUAUUGACUCUCACUGCUUCCUUUUGGCCUGGUACCACUGGUGGAACCUGGCAGAUAAUGGGAUUUGAGGAGUUAAGUAUCUGUUGACACCACAGAUGCUCUUAAAUUAGUUAAUCAGACUCAAAUGGGUCAGUGCUUUCCCUUGAUCUUUUGUUGAAGCUUUUUCCAGAACGUUGCCUCCAAAGUGCAUCCUCCCUUUGGUCUGGAAGUUCUGUGGCUACCCUGUACCACUGGGGUCAACGUUUUCCAGUUGGAAGAGGACUACAGGGAGAGAGGGAGGGGUUAUUGGAAGAAGAAGAAGAAAAAAAGAACUAAAUAAAGGCGGACACAUCCGUCCCACUCCCGCCUUUCCCCUUACCUUUCUGUGUCUCGGGACCCUUAUUUCUUCGUCACGGUGUCCAGGACCAUUUUGACCCUGUCGGCCCCGGCACCCCCCCGCCGCACCCCAGCCCCGAGCAUGGGGACGGCGCUGCUUCAGCGCGGGGGCUGCUUUCUUCUGUGCCUCUCGCUGCUGCUCCUGGGCUGCUGGGCGGAGCUGGGCAGCGGGCUGGAGUUUCCGGGCGCCGAGGGCCAAUGGACGCGCUUCCCCAAGUGGAACGCCUGCUGCGAGAGCGAGAUGAGCUUCCAGCUCAAGACGCGUAGCGCCCGCGGCCUCGUGCUCUAUUUCGACGACGAGGGCUUCUGCGACUUCCUAGAGCUGAUCCUGACGCGCGGCGGCCGCCUGCAGCUCAGCUUCUCCAUCUUCUGCGCUGAGCCUGCAACGCUCCUGGCCGACACGCCGGUUAACGACGGCGCCUGGCACAGCGUCCGCAUCCGCCGCCAGUUCCGCAACACCACGCUCUUCAUCGACCAGGUGGAGGCCAAGUGGGUGGAGGUCAAGUCCAAGCGCAGGGACAUGACGGUGUUCAGCGGCCUUUUCGUCGGGGGGCUGCCGCCGGAACUGCGCGCCGCUGCACUCAAGCUCACCCUGGCCUCCGUGAGGGAGCGGGAGCCCUUCAAGGGGUGGAUUCGUGACGUGAGGGUCAACUCCUCACAGGUCCUGCCGGUGGACAGCGGCGAGGUGAAGCUGGAUGACGAGCCGCCCAACAGCGGCGGGGGAAGCCCAUGCGAGGCGGGCGAGGAGGGCGAGGGCGGGGUGUGCCUCAACGGAGGCGUGUGCUCCGUGGUGGACGACCAGGCCGUGUGCGACUGCUCGCGAACCGGCUUCCGCGGCAAGGACUGCAGCCAAGACAACAAUGUGGAAGGUCUGGCGCACCUGAUGAUGGGCGACCAAGGUAAAAGUAAAGAUUAAUUCCACAAAUCUAUAUUCUAGAGCAAAAAUACAAUCAUGACUAUGACAUGGCAUCCACAUUCAAAGAGUGUUCAUGUAACAAGGAAAUGAAAACAUGUGGGCAAGUUAGAAUGAAUGACAGAAUGGAAGUGCUAUGAUAGUGGUACAAAGUGAAGUAGGAAUUCAGAAAAAGGCAAACAUAACAUCAAUCCAAGUCUCUCUUAUGUGAAUAUCCCCACCUUGUGCCAUCUAUUGGAGGGAUUAAAAAAAUCUAGAAAAAAUAAUUUAGAAACUUUACACUGUAGCUUCCUAUAUGGAAUUAAAUCCUAGUUGUGCAUAAAAUCAGGGUUAAAUCUGGCCAGUUUAAAUAACUGAUUUACAGUGUAAACUUAUGUUUCCUAAAUUUUUACAUCUUGAUAUAAUCAUGGAGCAAUUUUCUCAAUUUUCCCACUUUUCUCUUGUGUGAGUAGUGAAUUCAGGGGAUCUGGAAUGAAGUUUUGUGGAUUAAUGUCUUUCUUUUUGAAAAAAAGCCUAGAAAAAAUUCAAGAACAUCUUCAUUAUUUUGAUUUCUUCUGUAUGAAUUCUUAAAUAUUUUCUAACGUUUUAAAUGUCCCGUGAUUAAUAUAUUUCAUUAAAAAAUGAGUAACACAUGUAAAAAGAACAUUCCUUUUGAUAACCUUCUUCAUCCUACUCUCAAGUCCUUUCUCUCGAGGUAAGCACUGGUCUUACUUUGUGAUGUGUCCUUACAGCGUUGGUGUUGAUCCUUCUGUGCUCCAUAACAACUCAGGGUUUGGAAACUGCAAAACCCCUUAUCACGUGUACAUGACAAAAAUGGCGAAGUCAGCUGGAGACAUGGUAGAGACCACUCUGCUAUGGGCUUGCAGAAUCACAAUGAAUGAAACACAAGUUUUCUCAUUCUUCUCAUAGGCCACAGUGCCUCCUAUUUUUAAUUAGUCAUCCUGUUUCAGACUUUAGAGUCAAUCUGUUACUUGUUUUUUUUUUUUUUUUUUUUUUUUUUUUUUUACAUUCCCUAAACAAAGAUGUGUCACCUUUAACUGGAUAUGGUUAAGAAUAAACUUUGAUUGAAUGAAUUAUAGUUUUCUUUGGGGCAGCUGAAGAUCCGUUAUUCAAAGCCAACCUUACUUUUGCUAGUUGUGGGUAGAUGGAUUCAAAUAGUCUUCAUGAAAUUUGGAUCACAUUUUUUUUUUUGGCUUGGAAUUUGUCAGUGAUGUUGUUAGGAUCAUUGAUAUGCUAAUUUUAUUCUCCUUUCUAUUUAGAAUUUAGGUUUAUCUGUUUGCCUUGAAUGAAGUAUGUCUUUUCUCUUUUGUUUAUUCUUGUUUCUUUUACUAUGUAUGUGUAUCUGGUCACUUCGUUCCAAUAAUUGCUUUGAUUAUUUAUUUAUGUUUUACUUUGAUGGCUUGUCAGGAAUGAAUAUUUAAAUUACAAAAAAGUCAGAAUAUAUUAUACAUGAAAGUCCAGCCAUAACAGUUGGUUAAUAGCUCAGGAGUACAAGUUAAUAAUUAUCAGCUAAUGUUGGCACUUUGAUUGGAGGCUUGUACUUUUCCUUCAUAAGUCAUCAUAAUUGUAAUUACAUAUUUGUAUUUGUGAUUAUACUUAAUGUUAACUUUUCCUGGUAGAGUGUAAGCUCUGUGAGGGCAGAAACCUUGUCUUUCUCUUUGACCGUUGUAUUUCCAGAACAUUUUUCUUAUUGUAUCUUGAAUUUGCAAUUUCAUGACUGAAGCAUAUUUGUUAGGGGGCGACAGUUUCAGUUGUCCAUUUUAAAAAGUCAAAUGAACAUUUAUUGUUUAAUUAUCCAGGCUUUUCAUGUUACUAGAAAAGCAAAAUAUUACAAGUAGAACUGAAAAGAAUAUAGUUACACAUUCUGAAAGUACAUAAGCCUUAUUCUCUUUAUGAAGAGUAGAUCUUAAAUUAGUGUAAUUUAUAAAAAUAAUGAUAGACUUUUCUCAAAGCUGAUUGUUAAAGCUGAUUGUAAUAGUUAAGACCUGGAUACAACUCUUCUACCUUAACUAAUUGAUGAAUAAUAUCUAAUAUUAUCAUGUACUUUAAAUUUUUAUCUAUACUGUCAUACCACAAUUAAUAUUUUGUUAAACUUACUCUUAAAAUAGAUUUGAUAUUAUUAAUACUUAGAAAAGAAUAAAGCAUUUGGUGUUUUUUAAAUACAUUUUCUUUUGUCUUCGUCUUAGUCCAUUUGGGCUGCUAUAUAAAAAUACUAUAAACUGGGUAGCUUGUAAGUAACAGAAACUUAUUUCUCAAACGUCUUUAGGCUGAGAAUUCCGAGACCAAGGGCUGGCACAUUCAAUGUCCAGUGAGAUUUUGCUUCCUGGUUCAUAGAUCACUACCUUCUUUUUGUGUCCUCAGGGGGCAAGAGAGCUCUCUGGUAUGUCUUUUAUAAGGACAGUAAUCCUAUCAAUAAAGGCUCUGCCCUCAUGACCUAAUCAAGUCUGAAAAGCCCCCUCUCCUAAUCUAUCAUUUUGUGGGUUAGGAUUUCAAUUUAUCAAUUUUGGAAAGGCACAACAUUCAUAUCACACAGUUUCCAUGACUUUUUCUUUUUUUUUUUUUUUUUUUUUUUUUUUUUCCGUUUUCAAGUCCUGUGUUGCUAUAUAGCAAAUUUGUCUGUGAAGUGCCCAACUUCCAAUUAUUAAAAUCCUAAUGCAUAUUUUUUUAUACUUUUAAAAUAUAUUUUGCUGUGAUUUCUGAUAGAGACCUAAUUUGGUUAUUAAAAUAUGUAUCUUCUGUAUAAAUUCUUAAAUUGUAUUUCCUCAUUUAGCGUCAUAAUAAUAAGUAAUCUGUUUGUUCAGAAAAGUUUGUGGAUGUUGGCAGAACCUUACUGUUGAAAUGCCUGUGUUUGGUGCAUAUACAAACUAAGAAGUCAGAAUUUUUUUUUUUUUUUAAUCUACUGUGUUACCUCUACUCUUGCAGUACUCUUGCAGUCCCCUUAAUUCACAACCACAGACUGCGGGAAGACCAGAAUUUCACCUUAUAAAAUCAGACAUUAAAUAUCUACUUUUAUCUGUAUUAUAUACAUGGAAGGCUAUGUGACUAUUUAGAAUUCAAUGUUUAUUUAGCAGUUCAUCUUUAGCUUACAUGUUCAUUAGCUCUGAGUAGAACCAAGAAAAACUAAUUGAAGAGUAUAUACUUAUGUAUUAUCUCUUGCUGUGAUUUAACCAAUCUUGUAUAUGUAUUACUAAUAAAAGUCCCAGCUCGAUUGUA